CCCGGGUUGGGGCCGGCAGUCGGCGGCGCCCCUUCUUCAGGUGUUGCGGUGGUUCCACGUCGCCUGGCGGUCCGUAGCUUCCGUGAGCCCGGGCUGCCCCCAGCGUCCGGAGCGCCGGCCCUUCGGCUCCCGCGCGGCCAUGGCGGGGCCGGGCCCGGGCCAGGGGGACCCGGACGAGCAGUACGAUUUCCUGUUCAAGCUGGUGCUGGUGGGCGACGCGAGCGUGGGCAAGACGUGCGUGGUGCAGCGCUUCAAGACGGGCGCCUUCUCCGAGCGUCAGGGCAGCACCAUCGGCGUCGACUUCACCAUGAAGACGCUGGAGGUCCAGGGCAAGCGGGUCAAGCUGCAGAUCUGGGACACAGCUGGCCAGGAGCGAUUCCGCACCAUCACCCAGAGCUAUUACCGCAGUGCCAACGGGGCCAUCCUGGCUUACGACAUCACCAAGAGGAGCACCUUUCUGUCUGUGCCUCACUGGAUCGAGGACGUGAGGAAGUACGCGGGCUCCAACAUUGUGCAGCUGCUGAUCGGGAACAAGUCGGACCUCGGCGAGCUCCGGGAGGUCCCGCUGGCCGAGGCACAGAGCCUGGCAGAGCACUAUGACAUCCUGUGUGCCAUCGAGACGUCGGCCAAGGACUCGAGCAACGUGGAGGAGGCCUUCGUGAGGGUGGCCACGGAGCUGGUCAUGCGGCACGGCGGCCCUCUGCUCAGUGAGAAGGGCACCGACCACAUCCAGCUGGAUAGCAAGGACGUCGGAGAGAGCUGGGGCUGCGGCUGCUGACCGGGGUGCAGGGCAGGCAGGCAGGGGCCUCCCCACCUCCUCUCUCUGGCCUGCCAGGCCCACCCCUCCAGAGCUGGCCCUCCAUGGUGCCAGCGAUCCUAGAGCAGCUGGAUAAAGCCCUGGAAUUCUCCAUUCCGUGGCCUGGGUGCUUGAUGGGAAAGCUACCCUCGAUGAAGGAAGCAGCGGGGUACCUUCUGAGGGAGACCUGUUGGCCUGUGGGGCGUGGGGCCCCACCUGCCAGCCAGUGGCCGUCCCCUCUGUGUUCUUCACAGUCCAGGACUGGCCCAGGCCUGCCGGUGUGGAUCCCAGCAGGAGAGGGGCCGGGAUGUGCCUCCCUUGCUGCACAUGUACUGGGUCUGACCAUUUCACACCUUGAGUCUUGCUGCAGCUGAGGCGGCAGGGGUGUGGCUGGUGCCUUGGGUUCUUUCAGGUCACUCCAGGGCCUCUGUACCGAGUGAGAGCAACCCGCCCAGCAGACUCCAGGGAAGCCCCAGCUCCUUCCAGGCCGGGAACUUCCUUCCUUUCUUCACUGCCAGCUCGAAGCUCACAGACAGCUUGGGGCUUGGCCUGCUGCCUUAGCAAGACCUCUCAAGUUUUCUGGUUUUCCGUGUAGCUUCUUGUUUUCGUCGGCACAAGUAUGGGGUCAUGGCCCACAGCCCAGCGGGGACCGUCUGCUGGCCUGGGGCCCAAAGUGUGGCCACUCAGGUUGCAAAACCAGCUGAUUCCUUCAGCACCGACUCUCAGAACUUGGGGGUUGGGGGAAUGAGGUGGGAAUGUGGACACUUAAGGGAAAAGUAAACGCUUGCAUCCCUGAGGCUACGGUCUGAGAGGGACCCUCAGGGCACUUAGUCUUAGCUGUGCAGAAGCCCUUCCUGCCACGUUCAGAGCGACAGCUCCCUAACUGCUUCCAGUCUAGCUUCUGGUUUCUCAAACCAAAAAGGCGAUGCCCCGGCAGUCCUGGGUCCGGCUGUUUUAUCCUGGGCCUUACCAGCCUCAACGUGUGCAGGGUGCUGAGGUUAGAAGGCGGGUGGGGGCUGGGAUCACUGGGGCUGCACUCGGCAGGUAGCUCAGAGGGUCACAGGGAUUGAGCUGGGGGAGGUGGGUGAUCUCCCCGUACUACCCGGACCCCCCAUGUCAGCCCAGUCUAGCCCCUUAGGCCCCCUCAGUGGAGGGCCCCGGGAAAUAAACUGCUGUCAGAGCCGUGGCCAAGGUCACAUCGUGGAGGUGCAGCCCAGAGCCUUGCGGGGCCCAGGCGGUGCUCCAGCCGACUUCCCUUGCCUUCCACUUCCUGCACUUUGGUCUGCACCGGCCCACCCCUUCUCAUAGGCAGGCCUGACCGCAGAGUGAGAAGCCAGACCCACGGCAUUCUGUGGGCUUGGGCAUGGAAGGCUUCCCUGGCUGAGACCGAGACCAGCAGGGCUGAUGACUCCGUUUCAGGCAGGCAUGUCUGAGCCCGGUUCUGGAAGGGAAGGAUGUUGGCCUGGUUGGGCCAAGAGCUGCUGAGCAGGGUCCUGUGCUGAGGGCAGCCGGCCCACUGGUGGCCGUGGUGGGGUGGGAGCUGGGAGCAAGAAGGCCACUUGGCUUCCUUCCUCAGUGGCCUUGUCCGUGAGAUGGGGUGAGUGGGGCCUGGGGCCCAGCUGCUGGCAGGGAGAGCUGGUGUCUGCCAGGCCCCUCCACUGCAGUGCCUGGGCUCUUCCUCCAAAGUAGAAAGUGCCUGUCACUGAGACACAUUCAGACCAUGGCCUCUAAGGGCUGAUCUUGCGGCAGAGCUAAGCUGUCUACCAGGGCCCAAGCUGGAAGAGCGAUCUCAUGAAGCCUGACCUUCCAGAGGCCUGCUGCUUUGGGGGGCGGUGGCAGGAACGCGGGGGAUCUUGGAGCACGGGUCUGGGCCUGCACCCCCAUCGUUGACUUGCAGCCACAGUUCCAGCUGAGCAUAGGUGCGGGCCCUUGCCGUUUUUACCUGCUGCCCCUCCUCUGCCUCAGGGCUGGGAUGGCUUUGGCAAGGUGGGGAGACCUUUCAUUUCCUCUCUAUGAGCCAUCUCCCUCCUCCUCCAGACCCCUGGGAUGGAGACCUGAAACUUUGCAAGGGCCUGGCUGAGAGGGGGCAGGGAGCAGCUGGCCCAGCCUGGACCGGGGAGGUUUCCUCACUGGCAGCCUCUUGGCUCACCCAGCAACACCCCCCAACACGAUUCUCUUCUCCCUUCAGAGUCCCAAGGUGUCUGAAACGGGCUGAUUGGUCUCUGGCCAUCCCUCCUUCGGGCACCACAGCCAAUAAGGUCUAGCCGGGACCCUCCCUCUCCCCUCCCCACCACAGUGCUGGGAUCCCGCCGCCCUACGCCCCCCCCCCCCCCCCGCCCCUGCUCUGGAUGGGCCCCAGGAUCCCCUGGACAUCUCAUGGACCUCUUUGGCCCCUGGGCCUCUAGCCUGUGCAGCCCAAGCCGCCCUCGUGCCGCAGUCAGAGUGGCAUUUGUAGAAGGUCACAACUGAUGCUGCUGCCCCCUCCCCAUUCCAGGGUGCCUGGGGCCCUUGGGAUAUGGCCCAUACUCAAUCUAGGUGUCCAAGGCCUCCACAGCUGUGCCCUGGCUUCUCCCAGCACCUUGUCCCCCAGGAGCACCCUUUAUGCAGGCCGCGCCCUUCCUGCCCUCCCCCACCCCCACUUACCCAGCCUUUUUAUCCGUGUCAUUCAGAGUCCCACAAAUGACCCAGCUGGACACCUCUGAGCACCGGCCCCACCCCAAGCUAGUCCUUUGCCCAUAGUACCCUCUGGCGAGAUUGAGUUCCUUCUCCCCCUCUUCCUGGGCAGAAGCCAUUUCCUGCAGCCUCGAACAGAGACCAUUUCCGGGUUUCAGUCACAGGCACGAAUGCUAGUGCUCAGGGCCCCACGCUGGUGGGCUGCCUGUAGUGAGGCAUCCGGCAGGAGCCUCAUUACCUCCUGGGCCUCAGUCUUCUGUCACUUGGGGACCCGGAUUUGGGUAAGAGAAAACGGGGAAGUUGUGUGAGACAGAACACAACCCACCUUUGUUUCCUCCUGCAACAGCCCAGGCCUUCUGGGGCUGAAGGGAAACAGCUUUAUUUCUCCCUCUGUUUAUAAAUUAUCCAGUAGCAGGAGCCGGUGAGGUCAGAGGCCAGGGUUUAGGAGAGGAGGCAGGGAUCAGAGGGCCAGGAAGUGUGCUGGCCGCUACCAGGUCCCCGGGGACAGGGCGGUCUGUGGCCUGGGUGGGGCUAAUGGGACGUGGGCUGAAGAAGGAGAAGGCUGGUGUUUUCUAUUCCCGGGAGGAGGAGCAGGGCCGCCCAGAGGGUCCCUGUCCUUCCAGAAAAGGGCUUUAAGGACACAGACCCCAGCAGGCAGCCAUGGAGCUAGAGGAAGCUCCUAAUUCAUAUUGAAUUCAGUUACUCUUCCCCAGGAGGGCUGCCACGGGUGGGGGCCUCAAGGACCUUCUGAGCCCUGCUGGACUGGACUGUUGGGGCUGCAGGGAGGGCCUCAGCAUUGCAAUAAGGCAAUGCCAUUUUGCAUUUGGGAAUUUUUCAUGUUACCUAUUUAUGAUACAUAAAUCUUUAUAGCAAAUCUAUUUUUUAAAACAUGGGAAAGUUGCCUUUAUGGAAACUUAGCAGAGCCAGAGUCUACACAUUCCUAAACCAUUAAACAGAUUUCUGCAAAGAGUC